UCUGCGAGUCGAGUUGUAUAGCAGCAGCCGGGCUUUGUGUUGCUCUCUGACGCAGCGGCUUGCAACGCUCUUUUGGCGAGGACGACCCCUUUUUUUCGAGGCUUCUGGAAAGGCUGCUGAGAGUUCCCUUCUUGCAAACCCUUUGCGCCCGAACGAGCUCCGCAGAUCGAUAUCCAUGACACUCAACGGGCAUGCGAGACUUUUAGGCUAUGCGUUCAGAAAUCCGGAGGGACGGAUGACAGACCCGCGUCUUCUGGAAGUUCCCUGUCAGCAUCUCUUCUCCGAAGUUUUUGGACUUUUUUGGCGGAUUCAGUUUAAUUUCAUUUGUUAUCUGUUUGAGCUCAGGGGACUCUCCCUCUUCAGUACUCGCCGGCUUCCCGAGAUGAAGCUCUCCGUUGUCAUCCCGGUUGUGGUGGCGCUUCAGCUGCAACUCUCACCUGCCCAGAUUUUACCCUCAACAAGUUUAAACACUACGUCUGAAGUGGUGAUGUUCCAGGAAGUGCUGGGUCGGAGCUUUUGCCGGACGAUUGAGAAGCUAGUGGAGGUGGUGCAAGAGUACCCUGGCGAGGUGGAGCACAUCUACAGCCCCUCCUGUGUGCCCCUGGUGCGCUGUGCAGGCUGCUGUGGAGACGAGAACUUGGAGUGCCAGCCCACCCAGACCACAAACGUAACUAUGCAGCUGUUGAAAAUUAAGCCGGCAGAGCAGGCUGAAGAAUAUGUUGAGAUGACAUUUGUGGAGCACGAGACAUGUAAAUGUAGAAUAAGGAAGCCCACUGUCAAGGUCGAACGGAGAAGACAGAAAGGAAGAGGGAAGAAGAGGAAGGAGAGGCAAAGAAUGAAAGAGUGUGACAGGUGCCAGAACCCUCGCAGGUAACUGUGGUGGCAGGCCUGCCCCCUGUCGCUACAUGGCUCACUAUUUCCAGCCCAGUGACAGCAUCACGAGUCUUCCUAGGUCAUCAACCAGUACAGCAUCUGUCUGCACAAUAGACUCAAAAAGCUGUUGUCCUGGCGAAAGGCCUUCCUGCUGACAGGGAGAGCAAUUUAAUCAAGGUUCAACAGGAAGUGCCACUGAUUGGUGGAAACAGCUCCGUUACACACCUGACACAAUGGACGUCCCUGGGAGCCGGUGCAAUUAAGGACCAUACAGACUGAAAACAAAACUGACGCCUUUUCUAUUGUUACAAGAUAUUAUCGGCUAUUGUUAUUAUUAUUUUUUUUCUGUCUCCUUUAUAUUUAUAGCUGGACACUACUUUUUAAAAAUGUGUAUUUAUUGAUACAGCUAAAUAUUCUUUGGAAGUACAACCAGGGGAAAGUUUGUGAUCCUUCUUCCAAACUUUAUCCGGGACCAAUAGAAUGACUUUUCUCGCUCUGACUGUAUAGCAUGGCCUUUCAUUAGUAGGCGAUUGCAUUGUAUUGUGCAACGCUAUGAUGGAAUGUCUCCCUCUAGUGUUGGAAACAGUGUACAUACUGGUCCUUAUGCAAAAAAACCACUACUGUUCUCGCACAAUCUAUGAAGAAAAUGUCAGGUAACGCUGUUUUCAACGGUCGAUUAAAAUAUGUACUGAAGGAAAUUAGGACCACUUUUAUGCCGUCUACCUAUCUAUUGAGAACAUUACUGAAGCACGUUUGAUAGUUGUCCAUGAUCCUCCACGCUGCCCCUCCACAGGCCACGACGGGAGACUGGUUGAAUGGUUUGAUAGUCUCCAUGGUCGGACAAACCAAAAACACUAUUAACUAUCAAACGGGAAGAGUAUCAUUUAAGAUGUGUGUCCAAAGACUUUUAUGUGUAUAAAUAAAUAAAUGUUAUUAGUUAAUAAUAAAAGGUAUAUUAAAUUGU